AGUGCAAUGAUGGAGCCCUCAUGGCAGGAAGUUGUGCAAGCUCGGAAAGAGGAGCGAAGAGAACUUGUACUACAUGGGCCUGACAUAAGCAGUAGAAUAGAAGACAAUGGUUUGGAUAAAUCACUUUAUGAUCUAAUCAAUUUGAAUUUCUUGGAAAUCAGCAAAACCUGUUUGACCAAGGUUGAUGACGAAAUAGGAAAAAUGAUAAACCUCACAUCUUUGGUUCUUCACAGCAACAACAUCAACCAUGUGUCCAGUGAAAUUAAACAGUUGAAAAAGUUAAAGUUUCUCGACCUGUCCAGGAACUCUCUCGAACGCCUACCGGAAGAAAUAGGUGAUUUACGCGAACUACACACCAUAAACGUCAGUGGAAAUCAACUGACUGAUUUCCCUCUAAUCAGUGAGCUGCACAAUUUACACGUGUUAGACAUCUCACACAAUCGUCUGGAGUCUUUGCCCGAAGAUCUCUGCUCACCUGAACUUAGCCUGCUUAAUCAGCUCAAUGCUGCUGGCAAUCAAAUCACCUCGAUGCCAUCUGAAAUAGAGGUUCUAGUGUCGCUAAAACUGCUUGAUCUCUCUGACAACGCGAUGCUGGAGAUCCCACCGGAGCUAAGUAACUGCCUAAAACUGAAGGAGGCAAACUUAAAGGGAAACAGACUGAAGGACAGAAGGCUGGCGAAAAUGAUUGAACAGUGUCCAACUAAGUCGGUUUUAGAUUAUCUAGGGAAUGUCCUUGCCCAGCAACGUGCCAAAAGUGGCAAAAAGGACAAAGGAAAAACCAAAAAGGAUAAGAAAAAAACUGCAAAAGCAGGAGAUAAUGAUGAUGAGAUGGAAAUUUUGAUGAAGAAUAUGAUGAAGGUUCUGCACUUCCAGGAGGAGAAGGGGAUUACUGUCAAAGUUACCUCUGCAGUGUUGGAGAUCAGGCCAUACAUUGUGUGCUGUAUGGUUAGACAGCUAGACUUCCAUAAGUCUUUGAACAUGUUUAAGAGGUUCAUCAAUUUGCAGACCAAAUUACAUGACAGUAUGUGUAACAAGCGCCAGGCAGCCACUAUAGCCACUCAUGAUGUGGCUUUGGUGAAGGGACCCCUGUUAUAUGAUGCCAAGGAUCCUACAGAAAUUAAGUUGCUUCCCCUUAUGAGGAAGGCAGAGGUAACAGCACGGCAGUUGGUGGACAAACUGUGCCAGGAAGCAGAGGAAUAUAGGAAAGAGAAGAAGAGAAAUCAAACUUCUGGAAUACACAAGUAUUUAGAUCUGUUGAAAGGCAAAGCAACUUUUCCUUUCCUGGCAGAUAACGAAGGGAGAGUUAUUUCAUUCCCACCAAUCACGAACUGUGAUGUUACUAAGAUUUCCAAAGACACAACGGAUGUAUUGAUUGAAGUGACGAGCUCUACAUCUUUAGACACUUGCAAAAAGGUGAUGGAUGCCCUCCUUCAAGAAAUUCUUGAGAUUGGUGUCGGAAGGGAUGACACCACUGAAGGGGGAGCUACUGGAGGCAGCGAGGAUGGCACAGCAGCAGUCACAGGUCAAAGAUUGAUUGUUGAACAAGUGCGCAUAGUGGAUCCUGAUGGUAAUUUGAAAGUUGUGUAUCCCUCAAGGACAGACCUGCCUUCCGCCGCUUACAGAGUCAUUCGAGAAGUAGAAUGAAGAGCUUCCGAGUUGUUACAAUUUGUUUCUUAUUCAGAUUCUAAAAUAAAUUAAUUCUUAGCAUUUUUACCUGUCAUUUUGUUAAUUUAUUGAGCUGUUGAACUAUUUUUCUGACUGAUAACACCAACCAUGCCAAGCUUUAAGCCAAGAUUUAAAUGUACCUGAUAUGAUCAGUAAACAGUCAUUUGUUGAAUCUUUUUGAUAUACAUUAGUGUUACAAUUAAAUUUUUGUGUUUAACGGUUUAUGUACCAGUACUACAAUUCCACAGAAACACAUGCAAGUGCUCUGAAAGAGAUGUGAACAACCAACAUAUC